CCUGCCCCUCCUAGUUUGGAUCGCUCGGAUGUGUUUCGCCCUCUCGGCAGUUGGUGAAGAAGAGGAGGAAGAGCCUAACGGAUAGUGUACGGGAGAACGGCCUCGCCGAAAGUCUGGGAAAAGACGGAUAGUAUCGUUUGAUAAGCAGCUGGAUAGCCACAGAAACCCACCAGAUUUGACUUUUCUGAUUUGUAAAUGCUCAGAAAGAUCUGAUGCCAUAUUCCGAAGCAAAUAAGUGAUGUUAAAGUCAGCGGUUCACCUUCUGUUCAGGUCAUUCGGGGCACAGCCUGAGUAGUCUGCAGCCUUGGCUUUCUAGCGCAUCAGUGGUUCGGAGAGGGGUAUGCCCCCAGCCCUGACCAAAAUCCUUAAAAAUGGCCACGGGAUCCAUUUAUCCUCACCUCCUGCCGCUGUUAGAACAGACUCAGAAGGGAAAGCCAUGUGCAGUAUUGAGCUACAGCCUCACAUGAGACCCAUAGAAGAUGAUGAUGAUAACCUCCAGCAGAAGAUGUGGAACCUUUCCUCUUUUCACUCUCUGGACUCCUGCCUCUUGGACACUCCUGCCAGCCCUCUGCUUUCACCGUGCCUGCAGACGUCCGACAGCCAGUGUGAGACGAUGUCCCUGUCCAGUCCAAACUCACUUGUCAACCUCCUGUUCUUCAAUAAAGGCUCCAGAGAUUCUCAUCAGGUGGCCUCAGUCUUCCCAGAUGUACCGGACAUGUUUUUAGCUCCAGGCCCUGAACACAAUAGACAACAGGCUUGUCUGCUGCAUGGAAGGAGUGUAGCUCCUGAAUGUGGACCAGAUGGUGGUGAUGUGCAUCACUCUUCUCUUAACCUCAUCAGUGUUUUUCCUUCAUAUCCCCAGUGGGAGUUUACAUCCCAGGGCCACAAGCACGUCUUUGCACCUCCACCUUCGCUGACAUGGGAGAGAGCAGUAGGGACGGGCUGUCCUCCUCCGGCUUCAGCGCAGCCUUGCAUUGACAGGGUAAACCCUGACCAGCUGACAUCCAAAGCUGUGCUAGAGGAAGCUGCGAAGGCACAGCUCUCUCGGCAGAUAGGCCUACGCAGCCAGGCUUGGAGGCUGCGAAAGAGACUGGAAACCCUGCUAGGAGAGCACGCUGUGCGGCACUGCAACCAGCAGUUGGAGGGGCUGGCAAAACACUGUCAACUUGGAGAUUUGUCUUUUGACUGCCAUGACUCUUCACAAGAAAGCAAUAAACCCCAUUUUCCUUGGCUAGACUCGCCCAUAGCCUCGUCUUCCUUCUCAGAGGUCGAAGAGUUCAGCCACUUCAGUCAGGUGGUACUGAGAGGUCUGCAGGAGGGCUUGGACUCUGAGGCUACAGCCAGCAGCAGCUCAGAUGAGGAGCCGGAGGAGGAAAAGAUUCAAAACAGGAUUUCGUCCAUCAGCCGCAGCAGCUGUGAGAGGCAGUGGCUGGAAGAUAGAGCGGAGAUCAGCAGCCGAUGGAGUUGGUUGGAACUGCGCUUGGCUGCACUAGAAGGGAAUAUACAGCAACUGGUAGAUCUCAGCAAGCGUAUACGCUCUACCAAGAGUGGGGUGGUGCUUGCAGACUCCCAGCCCCUGACUGACAGGCAGAUUCAGCAGACCCUGCUGAAGGAAAUGGCAGGUUUAUCCUACUCUGAUCCUGACAAUGAACCCUACAGCCCUACCCGCCUUCUGCAUAAUAUAGAGAGACAGAGUGCCCAGCUUAGCCAGAUCGUCAACAGUCUCAUUUCUCCUCUAAGCUUUUCACCGCUCUCAAAACAACCACAGACAUGGAAAGACAAGGGAACUCUCCCAAGUGGCCAGAGAGGAGAUAACGUUUUCGUGCCUGCGAGCUCUAAGAAAAGGAGGCUGGGGACUAGGAGGCUCUUCAAAGCUGAUCUGUCAUGUGUGUGUGCUCGCACCCGACCCCUGGUCACCUACCAAAAGCCCAGACUGUUCACUUUCAAUUCUCACAGCCCUGGCAGUCCACUGGACUCAGGAAAGUCCAUGACUACCCUCUCCUCUUUGCUUUCAUCUUCCUGUUCAUCUUGCUCCUCUUGUGAUCCCGUAGCCUCGUGCUCUGAUCCUGACUGCAGCUCCAGUAGGGUCCUCUCCUCCGACACCCUCAACUUUCAAGCUCACCCUGUGUCGUCUCUAACAUUUGGCAUGCCUACGUACCACCACAUGAAGAGGAUACUGGCCAGAGAAGUAUGGUCCCAAAGACCUUUAGUUAUCAACAGUCCAGCUAACUACAAGCAGCACAGCUCCACGCCACUGCACAACAGUCACAAAUACAAGCAGCAUACUAGGCAUCAUAAAAGCAGAGUUAUGGGUUUGUCACCCAUCAGGUUGUCGGUCUCCACUCGGGGUCAACACAGCAAAGCCAGUCAGAGGAAAAAGAAGAGGAGACGCAUCCACAGACUGCUAGAAGAAGAGGAGGAUGUGCUGUACCAGCUCUGCGAUCCAGAAGAAAGUUCAGAUGAUGUGCUAGAGGAGAGCUACACACAUGCGUCACACAAGCAGGUACCACGGGGCUUUGUUCGCAGACGCCAGGGAGAGAGUGUGUACAACAUCAACAACAUUGUCAUUCCCAUGCCACUUGCUAAAGUAGAAAAGCUGCAGUACAAAGAAAUUCUAAUACCCAGUUGGCGAGUGGUUGACACUCAGCCUCUGAUGGAGGAGCCAGAGAAGGAGGGGGGACAAGAAACAGGGCAGGCUGAGAAUCUCAGUGAUGAAGUCUUUGCUCAGCGGCACCUGGCUUUGGAGCGAAAAGAGAAGUCACGCUGGUCAUCUUGGGAUAAGAGGAAACACUGCCGGCACCCUACAAGAUCUGGCAGCAGGCUAUUAGGCAGUAGGGGUGGGAUGUACACAUCAGGCGAGGAGAGUUCUGUGGAGUGGAGUUGCACUCAGCUGGAUCUUGAUGACUCACUGAGGUCAGAGGAGUGGCUGCCUCAGACACCCUGGGAACCGCGAGUCUUUCCUUUGGAUGAGGUUGAGGAAGUCGCUCUGCUCUCUGAGAAAGAAGUCCCAUUAGGGUUCACAGCAAUUAGUUCACCCUCUUCUACAUCAAAGAACUCCAGCUCCUGUCCAGCUCCGCCUCAGUCUUCUUAUGCUACACUGCCCUCUGUGGGACACAGCAAGAACAGCAGUUGAUAUAGCCAUGCCUUCUUUUUGUUUAGAUAUCUCCUCACGUCAGGGACCAUGAGCAGAAAAUGUGCCCCGGGAACCUUAACUGGAAUAUUUAAUACAUUCCAUGAGCAUUGGGAUCUGAUGUAAUGAGAUGAAUCUUUUUAGGCAAAAGUGAUUAUUUUGUGAGUAUUGUGGCAUGUGUCACAGUAGUUCUAACUUCUGCACCAAUUUCAGGUUUUAAUGUAAAAGAGGUACUGUAUGUAAAGUUUUUAAGCAACUCCACUGUAGUGUCAGGUUUCUAUCUCAUUUUCAUCUGUCUAAUGAUAUUUAUAUAUCAACUGUCUUAAAAUGUAAAUAUAGGAUGUGUUUAGUACCUUUAUGUAACUUUUACUUGAUGUAUUUGUGCUUUUGUUUGAAGAUGCUGUCGUGUUUUUUUUUCAUGAAAAAAG